ACAGCUCCCGGCGUGCCCCGCGGCGGAGCCGAGGGAAGCCCCGAUCCCAGGUUCUAGGAUGGAGAGUGCCAUGGGGCACCGGGCGCUGCUGGCCCUGUUGCUGUGGAUCCCAUUCCUCAUGGGAUCAGCAGGGGAUGGAGCCAAGGAUGGCCAGGAAGGAUUCCAGGGACAUGCCACCGUUUCCGAUGACCUGCUGCUCCGGAUGGGAAGAACCACUUGGGACACCCUGGAAAACUGGGUGGGACCCCAGUUCCUACGGAUGGUGGCAGAGAGCCUCUCCACCACCCUCUGGAUCAUUUCCUCUGGGAUCUCGGCAGCCCUGACCACACUCUGUGGGAUCCUGGGGGAUCUCCUGACUGCCUCCAACAUCAAUGGUCACCGGCUGGUCCGAGCAGCAGCACUGGCUCCUGGAGAAGUCCAGAGGGUGCUCCUGUGGGCAGUGGCUGCCCUGCUGGGAUCCUGGGUGCUAUCCCGGCUUCGACGGCUGCUGCUGCCUCUGCUCCGUUGGCUGAAACUUUUCCUUUUCCUUUGUGCCUUCCUGCACGUGGCCGCUUCCCAGGAGAGCCCCACGGUGCAGGCGGGAAUGCUGCUGGGCCUGUGGGUGCUCUAUGCCUUCCUGGGCAGCCUGGUGUCAUCCCCAGAUCCCAGCACCCGGCUGGAUGCAGCCGUCCGGAGCCUGGAGUGGAAGGUGGAGGAGCUGAGGCGGCGCCAGAAGUUCGGGGGGCCCCGGAACCGGGAGGAUUGAGCCCCCCUAAAGCUUCUUCAAAGCUUGGCUCCAUUAUCCCAGUCAUCCCAAGCAUGUGUCCCUCUGCUCCGCUGAGCCUCCUUGCCCCUUCCUCUGCUUUCCGGUUCUCCCAGGGGUCCUGGGAGCCUCCCAUCCCUCUGGGAGUACCCCAAAAUUGGGGGCUGUGCCUUGCCACACAUGCUACAAGUGCCUUCACCCCAAAAUCACCCACAAGCCCAAAUGUGGGAGAAGAUACAUUCCCUGCUCGCCAGGGAUGUUGUCCCAGCUCAGCUGACUUGGGGUGCAGAGGGGAUCCUAUUCCCCAUCCUGGGGCCUCUGCUUGUUUUAGGGUCCCCCCACUGUCAGAUUUUGGGUUUUAAGCUGCUUUUUAAACGGUUUUGAUAAUGUGGUUUGGAAUAAAGACGGAUUUAUCCA